AUGGCGCAAACUACGCCCUCGCAGGAACCCCCACUUUGCGUGCAAUUUCCCGACAAACCCCGGGGCUUUCCUGUCAAACUCUGGAGAGAUCAACGAGCUCGUGCAACAUAUCGCGCAUCCUACCUCUUGUUGGACAGGCCGAAGAGGCCGCCGGUCGCCGCGCCCAACUCGUCGAAAAGCGUCGUGGGGACCGUCGAGGUCGACAGCGUCCAUCCCGCUCCACGAACGAACCCCCCUCCACGUCGUCAAGCCUCUCAGAACGCACAUCAUCUCCCAAACAGCAAGUCCUCCAGCGUCGGCCGCUCGCCUGGGCACCCCUGUGCUGCCAGUGAGGUGGUAUCUCAACACGACCCGGCGCCGAUCAUGAGUAUGCCGACGGUCGCGUCAGUUCCAUCCGCGACCCAUCCAUCCGCAACGCCUUCAGGUCUCAAUCCCUCUUUUAUCGGACAUCACCAAGCCUCCCUCCGCCACGACAUCGUCCUCCCGCCGCAGCUCCAAAAUUUCUACAGCGUAGGCGACCCACGCGCUGCAGACACCGUCCGCUUCUUCGAGUCUCUGUACACGAUUUCGCAGCCCCUCGUGAUCCCGCCAGUGCGUCCCAACGCCAUCUCCCCUUCGUCCUCGCCCCCGCGUCACGCCAAAAGAGGCACUGUUGGGUCUUCUUCCGGCGGCGUGGUCCGUCACCCGGCCGCGGAGCAGCGACCCACGCGCUAUCAUCCCUACCCAGGCAUGGGAAAUGCUCAUCGCCCCAUUCUGCCCAAAGGUGGCUUUGCGCAUAGCUCCGGGAGGCAUCUAGUCACAUCUAAUGUUCUCAUCGACCCUAACGCUCCAAUGUUCCCCAUGCAACCCUCGGCUCAUCCGACUUACGCUCGAAGAGGAGAUACCUCGCUCGUCCAAGGUGGUCUGAAAGCACCUGACGGCAUAGGCGCGCCGGUCCCCACACAUCCCUUCGCGAUGGCCCAGGAAGCGAGCGCGACGGAGCCGCUCCCCAUGCAACGGCGUCCAAAGCGUCCCUACCCCAAGCCGAUCUCUCAUCCGCCUGGCCCGUCACCGUCUCUGGCAAGCAGACGCCUCCACGCUCGCGCUGACCACGACCGCGGUCGUAUGGACUUCCAUCCUCAGUAUCAACAUCGCAUCGGUCCUCCGGGCGCAGUCAUCGCUCCACGCCUCCGCGAGCACAAUGUGAACGGCUUUUUGGCGCGGAUCAAUAUCGGGGAGGAGAACACCCUAGCCAGCACCCUCAUCCCCACCGACGCGACCUUCAGUUUUGACUCUAGGGAAGCGGUCGCGCCCGAUGCACCUACGCGCAUGUCGGAUCAGCACGAACCUGACGACGGCACUGGAUAUACGCAGGCCCAUCGCCCUACAUCGAACUGGACGCAAAACAAUUCGAUGGCUGCGCCGCAUUACUCCCACCAUACCUCGGUCUAUCCAGGUCCCAGUGCCAUCGCGCACCGCGACGGCUUCGCGCUGACUCAAUCCUUUGGCCCCUCUAUGGGGUCUGAACAUCCUAUUGGAGGUUACGCUCACUUCCACAACGGCUGGUCUAUCAAUCCGCCGCACCCGCAGUCCACACCCGCGCCAAUAGAUGCGCUUCCGCUGGGCCUACCUAGUGACGAAGCUCCCGCCUUUAUGGACCCAGGAGCAUUCACACCUCAGCCGCCCCUUUGGAAUGCGGGCGAGCGCACCGCCCCAUACGGCCGCGCUGUCACCACAUCGACAUUCUCAGUCGGAUCCCAGGACAACAUCGCGCCGCCGUUCAUUCCGCCUUCAUAUAAUCUCCGCGGACACCCUCACGCGCUGUUCCCCCCGAACACCGCCGCUCUCGACCGAGUCGACGAGAUCGCGUCGCGCGGCGCUGGUGCUCAGCGGACAGCCGAACAAAGUGUCGAUCCCGGUGGCGCACCAUCCCAUAAUCCCACACGGUCCGCGGCAAUCGUUGGCCGAGGGCUGCAGUUUUAUUGCGAGGACAUCGACCAGGCUCCGGCUCCGCUGGGUUCUCCCAUGCACGGCAUGCCAGUGGAGAGGUUUGAUCUGGCGUUUUCGACCGGUUCUUUGCCAGUGGCUCGGCCGUACGCAAACAACCGCGACAUGCUCCACUGCAUGUUCCCCAUGCGGAAGAGCUCGUAUUCCUCGUUGGCAGGCGCGCUGACCUCGCUAGCCUGA